UUAUUUUCGAUUCUGUAUUAAAUAUUGUUGGACAACCUGGCAAUUUUUUACUUGCAAAUUGUCCUAAAAAAGGAAAGGCAUCUUGCAAAAAGAAUAAAAUGCAAAUAAUGGACAUGGGAAAUUUGCAAUGUGACAAAGAUUUUAAUCAAACAACUUUGGAUAAUGCUACAUUAAAUAUGCGAAUUUGUGAAGAUACUUUACAAUUUGGAGGACAGCAAGAUAAUAAUACAAAACUUUUAUUGGUUGAUGGAGAAAAAUUUAACCAAUUUGAUGGAAUUCUUAAUUCUGGUGGCCCAAAGGCCCCUAAAGCUGACGGAGUAUUUUCUCUAGCUUAUUCUGAUGAUUCUUAUAAAUUGCAAAGUGGUGCCCAAUAUUUGGUUACUGGAAAACAAGAACAGCCUGUUGUGAGCAUUUAUAUGCAAAAAUUUGACAAAUUAGACCCAUUAAGUGGAACAAAGGGUGUUUUGAAUUUUGGUUUAGUAAAUAGUGAAAAUUGUGUGCAAUGGGGCCAGCCCCAAUCUAUAGUGGAAGGAGCUCGUCGCUGGAAAAUUUCGAUGGAAGCAGAAAAAAUAUUAAACGAAACAAGUGAAACAUUUAAAGACCAAGAAGCACUAAUAUCCACAACAGACAUUUUUAUGUUUGCACCUGAGAAUUUUACAAGAGAUAUUUUAGAUAAACUUAAACCAGUAAAGGACAAUUGGUUCUUUAAAUUUUUGCGAAAAAUUAAAUUAUCUAAACUUUCUCCAAAAGACGUAAUGGUUCAAUGCCCAAGUGCUAAAGAAUUAGAACAACUUCCAACAAUUAAAUUUACUUUUGGAGAAAAUGGAAAAUCGUUUUUAUUUGAACCGAAGGAUUAUAUUAUGCCUUUGGUUACUCCAAAAAUGUUCGGAAAAAACUUUAAAAUAUUUAAUUGGUGUCAUGUGUUAAUUCGCCACAGACCAGACCCUGCAAUGUUAGCAAGAAAUUUAUUACCCGAAAAUAACCAAAAUCAGUGGAUUCUUGGACAAGCAUUUUAUAAUAAAGCUUGUGUGGCUUUUAAUUACAAGGACAGUACUGUAAGCUUGGCUGAAGCUUGGACACAAGAAAAGUGA